AUGGCUCAGCCUGUUUCUGCCCUUCUCCGGUUUGCCCAGCGCAACGCGGUGCACCGUCUCGCCGCGCACUUCCACAGCAUCCACUACCUCCCCAACAUGUACCCCUCCACUUACACCGCCGCCCUUGCCUCGAUGUACACAACCACAAUCACCAAAUCCAUGGCCUCCACCACCCGUUACAAGGAAGCACUUGCGCGCGCGCAGGGCUCCCUUGUCGAGCUCGGCUAUAACUGGGAGGAGGAGAGCCUCGAGGAGGGAGUCCGAAUGUCGCAGGAUAUCGUUAACAGGAUUGGUGAUAUGUGCGAUGCGGAGUACUGCAUCAAGAAGAAUAAGAUAAUCUUGAAGUUGUGGAAGAGGGAGUUUGCGGGCGCGGGGGAGGAGCUCAAGAUGGAAAUGGGCCGUCAGACUGCGGCGGCGGUGGCGGAAGGCGGAGAGGGCUUAACUCUAGAUCUGCUGGGGGUAAAGUCAGAUGAUGAGUGA